AAAGAGCCCCAUAGGACGGCCUGUCCCUGAAGUUUCAUAUACUAACCCAACCUGGGUCUUGUUCCACAUAGAAUGGGACGGCUCCAGUCUUUGGUGCUCUGCAUGCUGGCUGCUUGCUGGGCGGCUGGGUCUCCACUCCAGCAGGCCCAGAUCCCCUCCCCUUUGGUUUCCCGGGACUGCAAUGACUCCAGUGUGCUGAGCUUUGCAGGCUUUGCCCUGCAGGACAUCAACAGAGAGCAAAAGGAUGGCUAUGUGCUGAGCCUCAAUCGAGUGCAUGAUGUUUGGGAACAGGAUCAGGAUGGCCUGGGAACUCUGUUCUACCUCACGUUGGAUGUGUUAGAGACUGGCUGCCAUGUGCUUAGCAAGAAAUCAUGGAAGGACUGUGAAGUGAGGACCCUUCAUACCUCGGUUUAUGGCCGAUGCAAAGUGAUGUUUUAUAUUAACAAGCCAAGAAGGGUUCUCUAUACACCAGCCUAUAACUGUACUCUUCGUCCAGUUUCUCGAAGUGAGAUUCAUAAGAUGUGCCCUGAUUGUCCAAGCCCCAGCCCCACUGACUUGUCAGACCCCAAAGUUCUGGAAGCUGUGACUGAGACUCUUGCAAAAUUCAACAGUGAGAGUCCCUCGAAGCAGUACUCUCUCAUCAAAAUCACCAGGGCUGCUAGCCAGUGGGUGGUUGGCCCUGCUUACUUUGUGGAAUAUUUAGUCAAAGAGUCACCAUGUAUUAAGUCCGAGGAGAACAGCUGCUCACUGCCAUCCUCAGAAUCUGUGACUGUUGGCCUCUGCACGGGUUCUCUGAUAAGAACACGGAUAGAGAAGCUUGUUACUGUAACUUGUGACUUCUUUGAAUCACAGGUUCAGGCUCCUGGAGGUGAAAAUGCUGCUGCUACCCAGGGACCCCCAAGCCUCCCUGAGGUUGAGGGAGCGGCUAAGAAAAAGCAUUCCAGUUUCCCUGUGCCAAGGGGAUCUGUCCAGUACCUGCCUGACUUGGGUGAUGAAAAGAGUAAAGAUUCUCAGGAGCAAGACCCUCAGAAGCAAGACACUCGGGAGGCCUUCCCUGUGCAUCUGGACCUCACCUCAGAUCCCCAGGGCACAGCCCUGGAUGUGUCUUUCCUCUUCAUGGGGCCUGAGGAACAGAAGCUGCUUGUGCUACCUUUCCCCAGAGAAGAACAGCACUCGGCCAAGUGCCCAGGGCCUGCCAAGCAUGGCAGUCCUCUUAUCCUCCCACCCUGAGAAUCAGAGAGGGUACUAUGGGGGUGUGAUUUCUUACAUACAAUGAGAGGUGGUAGGAAUGGGACAGAGAGAGGGAGUUCAAAUGUAUAGUGGUUAAUAAAAUGUGUUCUUUUGA